AUGUCAUUAGCUCAUCAAGUUUUGAUUCAUCCUUGCUAUUUUGGACCAGAUUUAAAGGAAGUUAUUCAAAAGAAGGUAUAUUCGGAAGUAGAAGGAAGUUGUCAAGGAUAUAUUGGAUACAUCAUUUGUAUAACUGCUAUAACACACAUUUCUUCUGGAUUGAUUAUGGCUGGAGGAGAAGGUAUGUGCAUAAAAAAGAAAUGUCAACAUCCAGUAAAUAACUCGAAACUUACAGGAAUGACAUCGUUUCCUGUAAAAUACAAUGCGAUCGUUUUUCGUCCAUUUAAGAACGAAGUAUUUGAAGGAAUUGUAAAGCAAGUCACUAAAGUUGGAAUUUUUUUGGAUAUUGGACCUUUAACAUGCUUCGUAUCGCAUAAUUCACUUCCCGAUCGUAUGGAGUUUUGUCCAAAGCAUGAUCCUGUAUGCUACAAGUCAAAGGAAGAAAAUUGUGAAAUACUUGCAGUGGAUAUUGAUGUCCGAGUUAAAAUUGUUGGAUUAAGAACUGACAUCAAUGGAAUGUUUGCCAUUGGAACUUUACUGGAUGACUUUCUAGGAGCUGGAAAUUAA